AGCUUGCUACGAGUGAUUGAGGUGGAGGCACCGAGGCAGUCAGCCUGCGACAGAAAAACAAACGAGCAUAGGUCGAGCAGUUACACAGUCAGUCCAUGUUUUAAAAUAAAAAUAAAUAGUAAAAACCAAAGGAUAUGUGGAUUUAAACGGUAUUUUUUGUCGUUUUAACGCGGGCUCAGCUAGUUAUUGUUUGGUUUUCAUUUCGGCGGAGAGUCACCGUUUGCCCAUUCUCUCCGGAGUGAGCACUAAGGAGGACUCCAUGAAAGAUGACAGAGGAGGUGAUUGUUGUAGCCAAGUGGGACUACACGGCCCAGCAGGACCAGGAACUUGACAUCCGUAAAAACGAGCGUCUCUUCCUCCUGGACGACUCAAAGACCUGGUGGCGCGUCCGCAACGCCGGCAACCAAACUGGCUACGUGCCGUCGAACUACGUCGAGCGCAAGAACAGCCUUAAGAAGGGAUCCCUGGUGAAGAACAUCAAAGACACACUGGGUUUGGGAAAAACGAAACGAAAGACAAGCGCCCGUGAUGCUUCCCCGACGCCAAGCUCAGACACAGAGUACCCCUCUAAUGGCAGCGGGGGCGGAGGAGGAGGAGCUGCUGAAAGGAUUUACGACCUCAACAUCCCCGCCGUGGCCAAGUUUGCCUACACAGCAGAGAGAGAGGACGAGCUGACCCUGGUCAAGGGCUCCCAGGUCAUCGUGAUGGAGAAGUGUAGUGACGGAUGGUGGCGGGGCAGUCAGGCGGGCCGCGUGGGCUGGUUUCCCUCCAAUUACGUCCUGGAGGAGCUCGGUGGGGCUGAUGACCGAGAGGAAGGAGAUUCCUCACAGGGCUACCAGGGAGGCUCUCAAGGGACUUUGUUGGCCAACGGCCGUGCAGGCGGCUGCGGUCCAGUGCUCCACUUGGUUCAAACACUCUACCCCUUCAGCUCUGUGACGGAGGAGGAGCUGAACUUUGACAAGGCAGAGGUCAUGGAGGUGGUGGAGAAGCCUGAGAACGACCCGGAGUGGUGGAGGUGUAAGAACUCGCGUGGCAUGGUGGGCCUGGUGCCUAAGAACUAUGUAGUUGUGCUGGACGAGCGGCCUGGCCUGCCCUCCUCUACGUCGAGCUCCCCGCAGAAUCGCUCUGUGACACCGGCCCGCUCAGGGAAGUUCGCUGGGAGGGACUGGUACUACGGCAACAUCACCAGACACCAGGCCGAGGCUAUACUCAACGAGAGAGCAGAGGAGGGCGACUUCCUCGUACGAGACAGCGAGUCAUCGCCCAAUGAUUUCUCUGUGUCGCUGAAGGCGGCCGGUAAGAAUAAGCACUUUAAAGUGCAGCAGUCCGAGGGGGUGUUCUGUAUCGGCCAGCGCAAGUUCGGCUCCAUCGAUGAACUAGUGGAGCACUACAAGAAAGCCCCCAUCUUCACCAGCGAGCAUGGAGACAAGCUGUACCUGGUCAAAGCGCUGCAGUGAUUCACACAUCCUCACACCUACACUGGAUCUCUCUCUCUCGCACACACUCUCUUCAUGCACACAUAAUACUAAUGCCACCCCCUAACUGUCUUAACUCAAGCCUUAGCUCUGGACCCUCUCGCUGUGGCGUCUGUACCUCAUCCAGUUUCACCUGUCGCCCUCCGGUGGUGAUCAGGUGAACUUUCUAGCUCUACGAACGAGCAGCUUAACCCCAAAUCGGCGAGCACCGUGUCAGCAAAUACCCAGCUACAUCCUUCAUGUGCGGCACAGUGCUCUGUGUCUCGGAUGUGAGCGUGUGCAGUGACCACACCUGCUGCUGACAGAACGCCUGAGGCCUUGUUAGGGGUUGAGCUCUCCUUCUGAUGUCAUACAUCAUGUCCAUUUACUACCACGCACAUUGUAGAUUACACCAUUGCUCUUAAUCCACACAGGACUCCAUCCUCUGAGGGACCUUACCCGUCAAAUUGCCGGCCAUUGUUUUAUUGUGUUCCUUUAUUGUAAAAAGAAAUGCUUGUUCCUGAGUUAACUUCUUUUUCUUUUUUUAAGAUAAUUUAAAUCCCUCUGUGGAGGUUUGAAUCGUUGCUCUUUCAUGCAAUGACUUCACAAAGUGACCAGAAUCACUCUCUUGCCUUUUUCUCCUCAUGUUCAUCAUUCCUCGACAUGAUUUCUCUCCCCAUUUGAACUACUGUCUCCACAGUCAUUAGUAGUGAUGUUAUUGAAUAUACAUGAUACAAUACUUCCUGUAAUAUUUCUAAAAGGCAGCGGUGGGGGGGGGGAGCAUUAAUGCAAUAGGGGAGACUUCUGAUUUCCUGUAGAGUUUGAAUGUUUAUCAAUGUAACCAAAUGUGCCACCCUGUACCCAUAGAAGUGGCUCCAGGUCUGCACUGCACUCACCAUUCAUUCAUAGAUCUGUGCUCAUGCUUUAUAUUGUGUCACAUUGUUCUCCAGCACGUGUCUGUAGAUCCAGUAGGACACUGACUGAAGAAUAAGAAGCUUUUUGGUCACUACACUUGAUCUGCUCCAGCGAACAGUUAUAAAAGAGUAUCUCUUCUGGUGUCAAAGUACAUCUUUGUGAAUCUUGCCAUUUGCAAAGAAUUGUGAGAAAAGUGUCAUUUUACAAACAAAGACACACAAAUGAGUGAAAUAAUGAGCAAACUAAGAAGGGAUUGCCCUGACCGCUACACCACAGGUCAACAAGUCAUUUGGAAAUACUUACUCAUUCAUGAAACUAGUCCAACAACAAACCUGAAAGGCAGAGCGAAUGACAGUUUGCAAAACCCCGCCUCUGAACAGCGAUGGUCCAAUCAUAGCUUAGCAACCGUAACUAGGCACAGCAGGUCUGUCAACAGGAGAGAAAGAGUUCAUGCAAGAUCUAACGUUUGUGCUUUUAUUUGCCUCUGGCUGAAGUCAAGGACGCACUCAAGGACAGAACAGGCGGCAAGACGGGAACUAAGGGGGCGUGGCUUAACAAUAAUAAGUCAUCUUUACUGUAACCAAAUAUACUGUCAUCUGGCUGAUCAUGAAACAAUAUUCUAGUCCUACCAAACAUUUUCCUCGUCUGUUUUCUUUCUCUUUGUGCAUUUGUUUACCGAUGGAAGUGUUGUUGAUCACGGGGUCCUCAGCUUUUAUAUGAUAUAUCUGAAUGUUAUUGAGCAUUGUUAUUUAAUUCUUGUCUCCACUGUAUGUAUAUAUUCAAAAAUAAGAUGAGGUGCAUAUAUGAAUCGCUAAGAUCAACCCAUGGUACUGUAUCACCGACGACGUGAUGAGAAUUUAAAUACUUUUGUUCAAUAAAUUUUUGAAGAAUACUA